ACGUAUUCUCAAUCCCGCGAGAAAGAUUUUAACCUGGCGAACACAGUCAAAAAGAAUGGAUUCUUAUAACAUUACCGUGCGAUAAAACAAGUCGGAAUAUAGUUUAAUUCCCCCCAGAAUGCUAAUUAAUAGCAAUUAACGAGCAUCUUCAUUUGCAUAAUUUUCUGGGACUGCCGUUACUGGAGAGUGACAUGUUAUUGUUUUACUAAGACAAUGUGAUACACGUCACUGUGUGUAUUUCCUCAUGAACGUAACAUAACGAACGAGAAAUAUACAUCUAUACACGUGCUGGAGUCUGGUUUUCUUAUGUGUAGAGGGAAUUUUACCGAUAGAAGAUGAACCUGUACUCCUAUUCUUCAUUCUUUCUCUACUUAUUGGGAAUUUUACUGAAAUAUACCACAGGACUGCGUUGUGACUGCACAACUAAGCAAUGUUUAGAACAAGGAACCCGGAUGUGCAUGGGCAAGUGGUGCUACAGUGAAACAAACAACGGAUUCGUGGAAGCGGGUUGUUCUGACAAAUCGCAGCCUUUACUCUGUGAAAGCCGCCUGUUUUCUAAACUGCCACAACUCCGAAUCUCUCACUGCUGUAACGAUAAAGAUUUCUGUAAUAAAAACGUGGUACCUACCCAAGCGCCACCCCAAAACAAAAUCGACACCAAAGAAACAGGAGAAUUAGCAGACAUAGACUCUAGUUAUGACGACACAAAAAAUAAAAUAGUAAAUCAAAACAGUGAAUUGUCGCAUGACGCAGACCACACCGACUGCCCAUGCGCACUCAAUGGACCCAAUAAAGACAGUUCCAAAAUGUUAAAUCCCAUCUACAUCGCCGUACCUGUAGCGGGCGUUUGUGUACUGUUAGCCUUAGUUAUAUUCGCCAUGUACUUAUUGCGCAGGCGCACUGACUACUAUGAGAGGUAUAACUAUCCUCGUAAUGUAACUGUUCCACCGUGUCACGUGAUCAGUGGUGGGAAACAGAAUUCUUCACCGUGUAAAAUCAACAGAUGCACGGACAGCGAAAGGUCCUCGGCAAGCAGCGAGACUAAGCUAUUUCUCUAAGAAUAUCAAAAACACUUUUUUGUAUAGAUUUAUAAUAAGAACACAUCAUCUUACCGGAUGGCCAAACCAGGACGUUUAUAAUGACGUAACAAAUACGAAACAUGUCAAAAAUCAAAAUUUGCCAUAGACCCAUUUGUUAUCGCUAAAAAAAAAUGUGAAAGCAUGAUGUCUCCAAUUCAGCAGGAAAAUUCUCAUCGUUUCAAAGAUCUCGAAUCGAAGUUGUCGCCACGACGUUAACAUGUUCAUUUUCAAAAAGUCAAACCAUGAUGAAACGUCAAACAUGAAAUGUUUUGUAUGUGGGUAUCGCAAAUCAAAGGAGUGUAUGAUGUCGUCAUUGUGAAUGAGCUAUUUAUGUUUCUGAACAAAUGAUGUAUAAAUGUUUUAACAAAAAGCGGAAGUGUGUUAAAUGUAUUCUAAAUGCUUUUGUUUGUUAGGUGGUGCUAUACAUCAUAUUUUUUUACGCAAAAGAUGAAUGAAAUGAAUUGUACAUGUAUAUCAUAGGAGUGCGUCUUUACAGUGUGAUGUUCUAUUUCAUGAAAGCGUCUGUGGGACAGAGAACCGUGUGCGUGGACUGAAUGCAUCCCAAUGUGUUUUACUUUUUGCGUUUUAUGAUCAAUGAAUCUCAAUUUUUAAAAAUGUUUUAGUUGAAGUGUGUGCCAAAGCAUCUUCCAUAAAGUGACUUGUAUAAAAGUAUAAAAACCCAAAAUCUGAGUGCGUGACUUGGAUUUUUACUUCACACAGUCAGUGUUUACUUUGCUAAUCCAUGAGAAUCGCACAUAAUAUAAUAACACAUUUACAGUGGUUAAAAUAAUUAUGCUGAAGUCCAUGACACAUAAAUGUACUUAAUUUUGAGUACACUUUAUAAACGCACAGACAUGCAUUAUCUGAGUCUAGUUUUCCCCCUUUUUAAAAUUUUACCUUAUUGCAGUGCACUUACCUUGACUAUUGGUAUUUUUAAAAUGAAAAAAAAAACUUAUUGUAGAGUUAUUGUUCAUAUGAAUUUAUCACAUGACUGUUUUGAAGGAAAACACAGAAAAAAAAAUCACUGCACAAAAGACCUUUACUUUUAAAACAGAGGUGAAUAUAACUUUUUUUUUUAAUUAUUAAUUCAGUUUUAUUUUUCAUACUUUUACAUGUACAUUAUUUUCCAUGGUUACUUAGUAUCAUCUGUUCACCACCGCGAUAAGCAUACAGAUGUUUUCAUAUCGAAGAUUCUAUGAAUCACUUGCUCAUUUUUUUUGUUUUUGUUUAUUUUGCACUAGUCUACUAUACUAUUAAAACAUUUCAUUUUAUUGUCAUAAAACAAAGGCGUAAAAAUGAAAUGAGAGUACAGACUGAAUGAUAUAUGUUGGUUUUAAAAGACUUAUGUUUGAUUGCUAAUUUUAUAUGGAAAACGUUGUUAAUAACGUACAAAAAUGUUAUUUGAUAUCUAAAAUAAAAACAAGAAAAAGAUA